CGCCCGCUAUGAGCCACCGAGUCUGUUUGUGAAUGACGUAAUGAGCGUAAAACAAUAUGGCGACGACUUAACCGUAUAUCGGCGUGAACUAGUUUAUCGACGUCGUUGUCCACCUCUUGUGAGGCUCCUGUGUUGUUUCACGGUUGUUCGGAACCAGACUAAUCUUCCCGAGUAGAUAAAGGGGCUGUGGUUCUUGUUUCUGUCUCCUCCCCCCCGCGACCCUCCGGUGACAGCGAGGUGCGAACGGACGUUAUGGACAGCGGAGAGUACAUCUCCACCAUGGAGAACAUGGACCCGACUUUAGCAGAGUUGGGGGACGAGUUCACCCUGGGAGACAUCGACGAGAUGCUGCAGUUUGUCAGCAACCAGGUGGGGGACUUCCCAGACUUGUUUGAGGAUCAGAUGAACUCGGCGGGCUCUGUGCAGAGUGGCGGCGCCGGCACCGCUCCGCGCCCAGCCAUUCAGACCCCUCCGACCCCCAAGACGCCAGCCCCCGCUGUGUACCAGAGCGCCGCCGUCAGCCUCGUCGUCCCCCAGACACUGUCUCCCCAGUCUAUGCCCCUCACCCCUCCCCUCACUCCCACACAGACUCCCUCCCCUGCGGCCGUUUCCACGGUGCAGCAACAGGUUGCACCGCAGCAGCACCGCAGCCCUCCGCUCCUUCAGCCACGGCCUCAGGUGGUCCAGCCCAUCCAGCCUCAGCCCCAACAUACGGCCCAGCCCACCAUCCAGAUGCACACCCAGGGGAUCGCCAUGCAGACCCAAAGCUUCCCAGUCCACACCCUGGUUCAGACCCACAGCCAGACGGGCAUGCCCAUCCAGACCCAAGCGGCCCAAACUGUGAUGAUUGCCUCCAACGGCGGACAGUCCCGUUUCAUCCAGAGCCCCGUCAUCUGCCACCAGAGCCCUGGCUCCGGUUUCCAAGUCCUCCAACCUCAGAUGCAGAGCAUUAUGACGUCACAACAGCUCCAGCCGAUGACCAUUCAACACCAGCGUGUUCUGACCCCAACCUGUCAGACCAUCCAGACCCUCUCAGCGCCCACCACAGUCCACGCUAUGCAGCAGCAGAUGCAGCAAGUUCCUGCGUCUUUCCAUCAGGUCCUUGUCCAGCAGCCUCAGAUUCUGAAGACCGAUUCGCUGGUUCUCACAACACUGAAACCAGAUGGCACGCAGGUGCUGUCGACCAUGCAGAGCCCCACAGGGAUCACCACCUUGACGACGCCCAUCCAGAACACAGCUCUCUACCGUACUGCUACCGAUUUCCAUCCCCAGACGCUGAUGAGCAGCAACAUCUUGACCACCCUCCCUAUGAUGUUGGGAGGAGGCGACAAACUGCCGAUCAAGCAGCUACAGCCAGGUUCUCACUGCACAAACGUGGCCAGAUCAAGCAUGGAUCAGUGCCAGAUGAUGGGAGGAAUAAUAGGCCCGGGAGGAGUGGUGAAGGAGGGCGAGAGGAGGACGACGCACAACAUAAUCGAGAAGCGGUAUCGCUCCUCCAUCAACGACAAGAUCGUGCAGCUCAGAGACCUGGUCAUGGGCAAUGAUGCGAAGAUGCACAAGUCAGGGGUGCUGAAGAAGGCCAUUGACUACAUCAAAUACCUGCAGCAAGUCAACCACAAACUACGGCAGGAGAACAUGGCCCUUAAGAUGGGCAACCAGAAGAACAAGCCAGUGAUCCUGUCUGAAGACGUGGAGCUGAAAGAGGAAAUAGUGAUGAUGUCUCCUCCAGCCUCGGACUCUGGUUCUAGUUCCCCUGCCCAGUUCUCUCCUUACUGUGUGGACUCAGAGCCAGGCAGCCCCUUGCUGGAUCACGAGCAGAUGAAGAUGGAGCCAGAUUCUCCCUCCUCGGUUGGAGUGAUGGAUCGCUCUCGACUGCUUCUCUGCGCCCUGACCUUCUUCUGCCUGUCCCUGAACCCGCUGCCAUCUUUGUUGGGCUCUGAGGCCUCGGGGAGCCCCAGCCUGUCUGCGGGCCACGGGCCGUCGAGAACUCUCGUCUGGUUCCCAAUUCACACACAGGACUUUGCUUCCUGGCUGCGAUGCCUGUUGCCGUGGGUGAUGGUGUGGGUGCUGAGCGGGGUGGGAGCGGUGUGGGGUUGUGUCAGGGUGCUCUACCUGUGGGAGCCCGUCACGCCCCUUCACUCGCCAAAGUCUGUGUCGUUCUGGAGGCAUCGGAAACAAGCCGACCUGCAUCUCAACAGGGGUGAUUACACAGCGGCAAUGGCCAGUUUAGAGACCUGCCUGUCCGUCUUGACUCGACUGCUUCCCUCAACCACUCUGGACCUGGUCUGCUCACUGUCCUGGAAUCUCAUUCGCUACAUCCUGCAUCGCCCAACUCCUCUGGGUUGGCUCGUUCAUCAGGUUAGGGGAAAGCACGAGGGGGAGGAGGCUCGGACGAGCGCAAAGGACGCAGCGCUGGUUUACCACCGGCUGAGCCAGCUGCAGCUCACAGGAAAGCUGCCUCAGCGUAGCAGCAUGUGGGCUUUAUCUGUGUCUCUGAGCGCCGUCAACCUCAGCCAGAGCGCCCAAGGCAAGAUGGCCCCUGCCCAGCUCACCCAGAUCUACGUCACUGCAGCAACAGCCCUGCGCACCGUGCUGGGCCACCACCUCUCCUGUCUGCCUGGUUACCUGUUGAGCUGUGCAGAGAGUGUGGCCAACCAAUCGGAGACCAAGCCAAUCCCUGACUGCCUGCGCUGGCUCUUCACCCCGUUGGGCAGGCAGUUCUUCCUGAGCUGUGAUUGGUCGGUGAAGUCGGAGAGCAGCGACGGGGUGUACACUUCUCAGAGAGAACCAACUGACCCCAUUGCCCAGCUGCACCGCUGUUUCUGCAGGAAGCUUCUUGAGAGAGCCGUUCACACUCUCAUCCAGCCGCAGAGCGGCUCUGAAGCAGGCAAACGCAACAGCGACUCUGGGGAGUUCUCCAGCGCUCUGGAGUUCCUCCAGUUGUUAAACAGCUGUACAGAGGAGUCUCCGUCCCCUCCUCCUCCCUUCUCGACUCCUCCAAAUCACACCACCACUCCAGUGGGAGACCCAGUGAGUCGUUGGUGGGCUUCGGUGCUGAAGGCCACCGUGCAUUGGCUGCAGGGCGAUGAUGUCGCCGUGAGGUCACUGUUGGCAGAAGCGGAGCGCAUGCCGAGGGCUCUACACACUCUUGACCACCCUCUGCCCAAGGCCGUGCUGCUGCUUUGCAAGGCGGUCCAGAUGAGUCUGCCUCCUCUUAAGGGGGAGGGGGCGAUAGCCUACUUGUCCCACUGCGACAGAGCCAGCGGCUACCUGCGCUCCAGCAUCUCGGUGCCCGUCGCCCAGACUGGGAACUGGCUGAACAAGGGGGUGGAGCUCCUCAUCUGUGACCUUCUGCUGACCUUGAGGACCAGUUUGUGGCAGCGGGGAGGCAGCAGUAACGGAGAACCUGGCCCGGCCCCUGGGUCCCAGUUGGCUGGUUUCCAGAGGGACCUCAGCGCGCUCAGAAAGCUCACACAGUGCUACAGACAGGCGCAACACAAGGUUUUUCUCCAUGAGACCACAGUGAGGCUGAUGGCUGGAGCCAGCCCCACGAGGACACACCAGCUGUUGGAGCACAACCUCCGACGCAGGGCGCACAACUCCUUCACGGCUGAAGGUGAGUGCGUCCUGGGUGAGAGGGAGAGGGCUCAUGCCAUCCUGCUGGCCUGCCGCCACCUGCCCAUGCCCCUGCUAACCCCGCCCGGGCAUCGCGCCCGCCUGCUGGCCGAGGCCAAGCGCACCCUGGAGCGGGUGGGAGACCGUCGUUCCCUACAAGACUGUCAGCAGAUCCUGCUGCGCCUCAGCGGGGGCACAACCAUUGCUGCCUCCUGAACACACACACACACACACACACACACACACACACAUUAGGGCUACUCACAAUACAACAAACUCCGUAAUUUGCUAUUGUACAUACAAAGAUAUAAACCGGGCUUAUCAUCCACCAACAACAUGUAAGACUUUUCUGUCACACUUUUCUCACCCACACACAGCUGGUUUUAAGCUGUCUCUGUAUCCACACUGCAGGCUCAACAUUAGCUCCUCUUUGAUGCUUAGUCUCAUUGUUGCAGCACAAUCACGCCAUCUUCUGGUCAUUAAGGGUACCAUGCUGGCUUCCUGCCUCAUUUUGAACAAUGCCACACAACAAGGAAAAUCAGGUUUAAUAGGCCCCAAAGGAAAAAGGGACCAUUAUCUAGUAGCUGUUCAAAUAAAUGUGAUGCAGCAGCGCAUUGAUUAGCUGUAGGAUACCGAACUGUACAAUCAUUAUUGGCACACGGCAAUGUGAGUGCUGCAAUAACUGUAACGUCUCAUUGAGCUUGCGCGCUUCAAUUGAGUGUGUCGGAGUAUUUGAGAGUAGACAGCCGAGGUCUGUUGAGCAUGGCUGUGCUAGGAUGCAGACAGAGAGACAAGCUCACUUUUCAACACACAGCGCUGAGUAGUGUCUCUUCUUAUCUACCUCAUACACGGUGCAAUGCAUUGUACGGUGGAGCAAAGUCGGCUGAUGUCAUGCUUCGUUCUGUCAAACGGGAAAAAGGUUGGAUUAGCGAACACACACGCUCACACAGAUGCUUCUACAUAUUAUUCCAUAUUAAAUUAAUUGCAUUCAAACUCACAAUGUGAUUUGUAUAUAGGUUGUACAUAGGCAGACAGACAGAAGUAGAUUAAACAAGAAGUCCUGACUUCUGCUUGAGAGGGCACACACACACACACACACAUUGAAAAAAGAGCUGCGUCAUGUCAGUCGUAACGGUUUCCUUUUAGAAGCUUUCACAAGGUGAGCAACAUCCGCAGCCUCACACUUAAAGUGAUACUCCAACCAAAAAAAGCAUCCGGACAUCCAUAAACGUGACGGCUGACCAUCCUCGUGAAGCCGCCCUUCGAGCCCAGAAGGCAGUGAGUGUCAAAAACUCCAGAUGCUGACUGGCGUAUCAAUUGGGGAUGAGUGAAAAGGGGGCUGAACACAGUGAUCAAUGUGAAGAAUGGUAUUUACCUGUGAUGUAACGCUCUAAAGCAAAAUGGCCUUGAUGUAAUGUAAAAAAAUAUUUUAUUUUAUUUUUCUUCACUUGCGAAACAAAGGAGGAGUUGUAUCUUUGUGAGUUCUUUGUCCAGGUCUCUUUUUAUUUGUAAUUUUUGAGGCACUUCUGUCAUUCCUGUUUCUGUGCUCUGUUUUUCUUAUUUAAAGGUUAUGCAAUAUUAAUACAAAUGCUUUAGCAACAGUUCUGUCAUUGUUUUUGUUUCAUAUUGAUAAAAGCAUCCUGGGAUCAGAUUUUUUUGUUGUUGACUGCAUUUAAACAAUUAGCCUGAGAUUUUGGACUCACUCUUUCUUUGCUGUUUUUUAGAAUACAGGCAAACACACAAAUGCUAUUAGAACUAUGUCUUCCAAGUCAACCCAAGGUGUAAGUUAGCAACCUAAAGAGUCCUGAAUAUACUGUUUUCAGUGUAGAUUAUCUUUCCUGACUGGGAAAAGUGUGAAAAGAGGAAAGCAGUGCUCGCACAGCCAUCGGAGCACAGUUUCAAUAGUUUUUAUUUUAUUUUUGUCUUUCCCCUUUGAUGUUUUUUAUUGUCCAUCUUUCUGUGUUUAAUUUUGAUGUUUGUUUUGUAAUAAAACAACACAUGACAGUG